UGCGUGGGGGCGGAGCCUCACGUCUGGUACAGUCAUCCUAAUCUUCCGUGGGACUGUGAUGGCCAGAGAAAUGACGAUCUUAGGAUCAGCUGUUUUGACUCUCCUGCUGGCUGGCUAUUUGGCACAACAGUAUCUACCAUUGCCUACUCCUAAAGUGAUUGGCAUUGACCUUGGGACCACCUACUGUUCCGUUGGGGUGUUUUUUCCUGGUACAGGAAAAGUUAAGGUCAUUCCAGAUGAAAAUGGGCAUAACAGCAUACCUAGCAUGGUGUCCUUUACUGAUGAUGAUGUGUAUGUGGGAUAUGAAAGCUUAGAGCUGGCAGAUUCAAAUCCUCAGAACACUAUAUAUGAUGCCAAAAGAUUCAUAGGCAAGAUAUUUACCCCAGAGGAACUGGAGGCUGAAAUUGGCAUAUACCCAUUUAAGGUUGUAAACAAAAAUGGAAUGGUUGAGUUUUCUGUGACAAGUAAUGAGACCAUCACCGUUUCCCCAGAAUAUGUUGGUUCUCGACUAUUGUUAAAGCUAAAGGGAAUGGCAGAGGAAUAUCUUGGGAUGCCAGUUGCCAAUGCUGUCAUUUCUGUACCAGCAGAAUUUGAUCUAAAACAGAGAAAUGCAACAAUUGAAGCUGCUAACCUUGCAGGACUGAAGAUUUUGAGGGUAAUCAAUGAACCCACAGCGGCAGCUAUGGCUUACGGUCUCCACAAGGCAGACGUCUUUCAUGUCUUGGUGAUAGAUUUGGGCGGAGGAACUCUAGAUGUGUCAUUACUGAAUAAACAAGGAGGAAUGUUUCUAACCCGAGCAAUGUCUGGGAACAAUAAACUUGGAGGACAAGACUUCAAUCAGAGAUUGCUUCAGUACUUAUAUAAACAGAUCUAUCAAACAUAUGGCUUUCUCCCGUCUAGGAAAGAGGAAAUCCACAGAUUAAGGCAAGCUGUGGAAAUGGCCAAAUUAAAUCUGACUCUUCAUCAUUCUGCUCAGUUGUCAGUAUUACUAACAGUGGAGGAAAAGAACAGGAAGGAUCCUCACAGUAGUGACACUGAACUGCCAAAGGACAAACUUUUUCCAGUACAUGGCCGCCAUGUGAACCAUGUGCUUGGAGCUAGCCGUUCUGAAAAGGAAAGUGGAGAAAGUCAGGUUUUAUUUGAAACAGAAAUAUCACGGAAGCUCUUUGACACCCUUAAUGAAGAUCUCUUCCAGAAAAUACUUGUACCCAUUCAGCAAGUAUUAAAAGAAGGCCACCUGGAAAAGACUGAGAUUGAUGAGGUGGUUUUAGUUGGGGGCUCUACUCGUAUUCCUCGAAUCCGCCAAGUCAUUCAAAAGUUCUUUGGAAAGGAUCCUAACACGUCUGUAGACCCUGACCUAGCAGUGGUGACUGGGGUGGCUAUCCAAGCAGGAAUUGAUGGAGGUUCUUGGCCUCUCCAAGUCAGUGCUUUAGAAAUUCCCAAUAAGCAUUUACAAAAAACCAACUUCAACUGAAUUAAGGAGGAGUAAUUAUUUGUGAUCUUACUCGAUGAUCUCUUCCCCUUCUGCAGACCACCUCCUCCAAAAAAAGAAAGUCUGUAUCUAAAGUAUCUUAAAAUUUACCUGGAGGGCAACAUUUAGAUAUAUGAAAAGUUUACAUAGCAUUUUGUUUUCGGAUUAUAUAUGACCAGAUUGAUCCUUAUUUGAUUUUGGAGAGAUCCGAUUCCAACAGGUACUUCUAAAAUGAUAGAAUUGAGGUAAAACUACUAUAGGAACUUGGGUGGCUAUAUAUUCUAGAUUCUGGAAGUAAAUAACCAUAAGCACUUAAAAUUGUAUUCUGUAAAAAUUGAAUAGUGCCAAUUAUAAGAUUCCCAGAUCUUGUUAAAUUGUAUUAGCAGGUUCUGGUAAUUUACUUGGUUAUCAGAUGUAACUAUUAAUUUGAACUAAAAUGGAAGAACAGUAUUUAUGCCAGAUGGAUCAACCCAGGUAUUUGUAGUAGGUGGGAAAGAGCAGUAUUAUUAGUAUAAGCUGCAUAUAUAAUAUUCAGUAAUUGCCAUAUUAUAUGACAAAUUACUUUCACAAAUUCAAUAUUCUCUUCUACAAAUUUUUGGAUAUAUUUAAUACAUCAAGCAAUUUAUUUUCUUUUUAGAAUAGCUGCAGGUUUAUUCAAAUAUUUCAGUACCAGGUAGUAGAAAUACCCAAUUUGUUUUCUAGUUCUAAUUCUCUGCUUGGAUUUCCAUGAUUCUGACUGGUUAGAAAACAAUAGGGAAUUAUUAAUUGCAUUUUUAAAAUGUGUUAAUGUAAUAAAAGCCGUCAUUACCAUCUGUAUUUUUGUUAUCCAGUACUUUUACCUACACUUGUUUUUCUUUCUUUGCUUUGCUUUUGUUUAUUUUCAGUAAGCCAUGGAGAGUUUAGCUUCUUGUAUGAGUUAUCAAAUGGUAUUUGAUUUGUUUUUCUGAGAUUUUUCUCCUUAUGUAUUUUUGAAUGGAGAAAAGUUGUAAAAACCCUGUUAUUUUUCCAGUUAUUUGAAAAUAAUUACAUUUGGAUGAUUUUCAGCAUGGGAUUAGGGCAAAAACUUUGUCAAUACCAGCAGUAAUGUGGAAAUAACUGAAGUUUGAGCCUUUGUAGCAGUUUUUUUGUAUUGUGUUGUUAUCGUUUGUUUUCUUUAGAAACUCCGCAUGAACCAAGAAAAAAUAUAUUUAAUAAUUCUGUCUCUGUGAUGCCCAUGAUGUUUGAAGAUACAUAUUUUUUCCUUAAUAGAAGCAUGCUUCAUUUUAAUAAUCAAAAAUUAUCCUCUGGUCAACAUUUUUAUUAACAUAAUUUCUGCUUUAUCCAUUGUUGAAUUUUAAAGGAUGUUGAAUUUCAAAUUACUGAAAAAGAGAACUAAGAAAAUUCCUUUCAACAGCAUCACACCCUUCAGCUUUUCAAAUUAAAAAUCUGAAUAUUCUUAGUAUUUUUUUGCAGAUCUAAAAAAAAGUUUCUUAGUAAUGAAAUUGUUGUUGAAACAAAUUUCAAUUGAAUACUUUUUUGUAUAGGAAAUGUCUAUAGUAGGUAGAAACAUAAAAUGUUUGUUGAUAUGUUUUAUUUUAGAAAUAAUAAAUGCCAAAGAUGAAUCCUUUACUGCAUUGAAAAUAUUCAAGUGUUCUCUUGAACUUUAUUUAAAUCUUUAAUAGAUUUUAGAAUUGAAUAAGGUCUUUUUAUAAAGAUCUUUAAGAGAAAAGUGUUCAAUUUAUCUCAAAAUCUCCACAUGUAGUGUCAGGUUUAACCUGAAACAUUUGAAGAUUAAACAAAAAAAGCUUGAAUUUCUUGGAUAUUCAAGAUAGUUCAAGACAAUCUGUUAGUCUCUUAACAUUUUUUUUGAGGACACAAUUGAAAACCAGUGUAGCUAAUCUCAUAUACUAAAAUUGAAAUUUAAAUAAUUUUACUGUGUCUAAAAAAUAGAAUGGCAGUGUUGGAAUUUGAGGGCAAUGGUUUAGCAUAUUCUCUAAUAUAGUUAACACCUUUUAAAAAUGAAGAAGAAAUGUUUGUUUUCAAUCACAUUUUAGGGUACUAUGUAUAAAUAGUCUUGAAAUCAAUGUCAUUUAUUUAUUUAAAAGAUAAGAAUGCAUCCUGAAAAGGAUCAUUUAUGCAUAACAGUGAAAACAUUUUUUUCAUAAAACAAAACUUAAUAUACUUUGGUUGUACAUCAAACUAAUGUUUUUUGGUAUGCGUAACUUUUUAAAUGUUAAGCGUCUUGUAUAAUUAGAAUGUGUGUAUGAGUAAUUUAUUUUGUAUCAGGAAUGUUUUGGUACUGUGUUUUCUCUCAAACCACUAACUUAUCAGCAGAUACUACUGUGUGUGACAUGUAUUGAAUAUUACAGGUAUUGUGCCUCUUAAAUGUAUGUGUGUAAUUCAUGAUUUAAUGUAAAUAAAUACCAUUUGCAGUUUGUUUUCUAAA